AUGUUUAUUAAAAUACUCAUACAUCUUUGGCGAAAAUGUCGCUCUAUACUACUGUUACUAGUUACAGCCAGCAUUCUAUUCUACUAUACUUUCGAGAAUGAAAUCGAACAUUUAAAUUCAUUUGCAUACACAGACUCUCUACCUCUUAUUCAAAACAGUGUUGCACACAACUCUCAAACUAAUCAUGCAUCUGCUAAAUCAAAUGAAGAAGAAGUAUCGAAAGGAUUAACGGAUAAAUCCAGUAUAAACGAGAAAAAUAAAUACUUCCCUAUACUACUAGAAACUGAAGAUGAAGCUGUGCAGUACCAACAGGAAAACCAUAUCGAAAAGGAAUCAUUCCACCCAUUCCAUCCAUUUUAUGAGAGAAAAGCUCCUAUACCAUACAAACAAAUAAACAUUGAGUAUCCAAAACUCAACCAAAUAACAUCCAUUCGUGCAAAUGCCAGAUUUAAGGACACAUUGUUGGAACGUUGGAUUGCAAGGCUAAAAAAAGUAGAAGAUUUCGCUGAGUUAGAUUUGCAUAGCAAUGCAUCCAUUGUAUCAACGAACUUCCUUUUACAAUCGCAUAAUCAUGAUGCUUUAACUCCUGUAGAAAUAGUUCCAAAAUUGAGCCAUUUCGAUGAUCCAAUAGAACAACGUCUUUGGUCGUCGGAGAUUUUGGCAUCUGUAUUAUCCGUCCUAAAUCAAACAAAUAGCGAGGAUCACAAUAAUGAUGUUGAAAUUGAUACUCAGUCGCAAUAUUUCCGAAAUUUAGCCUCCAAAAUCGGUGAAAUGCUUUUACAAAGUUACGACACACCUAAUAACCUACCCCAGAUUCCGUUCUUUUGGAAAUCUCCAAUCAAAAACCGUUAUGCAUUUAGAAGAACAAAAAGUAGCUUAUUAGCAACAAACAUUUUAGAGUUCCUGAAACUAUCACAUGUUACCAACGAUCCCCAAUUCGAUUCCGUAAUACAACACAUUCUACUGAGUUUUUCAAAGUCAGCAAAGUCAUUCGAUAUUGAUUAUUUGGUUCCUGCGGUUGUAGAUGCUAGUGGUUGCUUGCCGUUAUCAGACGAAAGAAUAUCUAAAGGUGAGCACCUACGUGAAUCUCAUGUUUUGAAAUCUAUACAUAAAGGGAAGUAUAUUCAUUGUAAGGUCACUAAAUCCCUUUUACCGACACAUAAUGCUGUUGAUAAUGUUUUUGUUUUGGACACUAUUGAUUUAUACUUAACAAUAGUAAAGGCAUAUCAUCUUAACAACGGUAAUUUGUACGAGAGGAAGCAUACCAAAAUAUCGUCCGUAAAGACUAUUAUGCGGUCAAUUAAAAUGCUAAAUGAAACUAUUCUCUUUCAACCGUGGCUUCCUUCGGAUUCUGAGGACUUAUUACUUCCAACCUCUAUAAAAUCAAAGGCACAUUUUGACGUCCUAGAAGAUAGUAACGAAGUAGCGCUUGGGAAAGAAUUCUUGGUUUCUCCUGAAGGCGCGAAGUUGUCAUCUCUAUUUGCAAUAUCAGGGAUGCUCUUUAAUGACUCUUCUUUAAUUGAACAGAGUAAAGCGAUAACAAAAGGGUAUUAUGAAUUAUACAAUUUACUAGGAGAAAUUCCAGACAUAGUAGCACUAGACAAUAAGAAUGAUAGCACAGGGCCUUUUGAGCCACUAAAAAAAAUUGAACUAAUCAAAAAUUCGCAUUACAAGUUAGACACCCUUGCCCUUGGAGUUAAAUUGGAUAAACCUUCGGAAAAUAAACCAAAACACUAUCUGUUCUCUGAAGCAUAUCCUUACAUUCCACAAAUUGAAGACGUCGAUGAAGAAAGACAAUGCUGGAAGUUUCACUCAUGGCCAUUUUAUGUGAACUACAUGAAGGCCUCCAGUCGACCUCCUUUCGAAUUUGUUGAAUCAUUAAUAUACCUUUACAAGAUAACAGAGGACUACCAGUGGAAGUUGAUAGGAGAAGAUUUGAUGAAAAGAACUGACUGGUCACAAUUAUCAAUUCCAGAUACUGGUAAAAUGAUAAGACUAUUAUUUGCUCUAUUCGACGAUAAUGUCAGCAUUGAUGAUUACGUUAUUAAUUCAGAGUAUAAUUUUAUGAGCAGAGAUUUCAAAUUUAUGCCAACGUAUCAAAGGAAAUAUCUGACAUUCCAAGAUCUUGAAGAUAAAUAG